CAAUCCUGUGGGCUACUUUACUUUUCCUCUUCUCCAUAUCCGUUUUCCUUUUGUUUCUCCUUAGCCAUCGUCUCUGUGUUUACCUCCGGCGAUGAAGGACAAAGAAUAUAGAAAUUGGGCGGAGCUUCCGCCGGAUCUUACGUCAUCGAUCCUGCAACGACUUGGCGCGAUUGAGAUUCUUGAAAACGCUCAGAAAGUGUGUAAAUCGUGGCAUCGCGUUUGUAAAGACCCUUCGAUGUGGCGAAAGAUUGAGAUAGACAAGGGCGGAGACUCGGAAAGCGUCAAGUACGACCUCGAGGGCAUGUGCCGUCACGCAGUUGAUCGUAGCCAGGGCGGGUUGGUUGAGAUCGCCAUUCAUCACUUCGGUACUGAUGGGCUCCUCGAUUACAUAGCCGAUAGGUCAAGUAAUCUGAGAAGUCUUAGACUUGUAAGAUGCCUUCCAAUAACAGAUAAGGGAGUUGCCAACGCAAUUGUGAAACUUCCAUUGCUUGAAGACCUCGAGGUCUCAUUCUGCUCAGUUUCAGGAGAGUGUCUGAGUGUUGUAGGCCAGUCAUGUCCACAUCUGAAGACAUUGAAGCUAAACCGCCGUCCUCGCAUCGAGUUUUCAAUGGAUAUGUGUGAUCGUAAUGCCAUAGCAAUUGCAGAAAGCAUGCCUGAGCUACGACACCUCCAGCUUUUAGGGAACGCACUGACCAACACGGGCUUGAGCGCCAUGCUUGACCGUUGUCCUCACCUGGAAUACCUUGAUUUACGUCAAUGUUCCAACGUGACCCUUGUUGGGGAUCUCAUGAAGCGAUGUUUUGAGAGGAUCAAAGAUUUGAGAGGCCCCGAUGACUCAACCGCUGAUUGCCCAUUUGAAUCCAGUGGUCUUCUUACGCAUUCAGAUGGUUUUGUACCCUAUUUAUAUGGCCACUAUGACAUUAUGGCCGGGGAUGACCUUAUGGGCGACGUUAUAGGCGACUUACUGGCCUGGGGAGGUUAACCGUAUCCGAAAUCCGAACUCGAACCCGACCCUCGGUACUAGUCUACUAGAUAUUGAAUCUUUCUGAACAUUGCAGAGAACAUGUUGUUUUUGUUGGUCUUUUCAAAUUAUGAACUCGUUCAUGUCUUCUCUUUUCUCGCUCUGUUUUCUAUGUCUGUACUUCAUAGCUUCAGGAUCCUAAAUCUAAUUUCCUUUGAACUUUUUUCAAAACA